AAUACCCUAGGUUUCGGCCCCUAUAAGUAGCGGCCAUGUACUUCCCUAAACAUUUUGCCCAGAAGUUCCAUUAACGGCCUCGCUUUCCUUCUUUGUGAGGGUUGAUUUUAUCAAGGAUUUCAAGGAAAUAAUCUGUGAAAUGUCAGCUGGGGAGCCCUUGUGUUGGCCCAUCCAAUAAUAUUGAGAGUCUCCUUCAGUGAGCAAGUGCCGGCCCAGCUGUGAUCGAAUAGCUUGAGACUCUUGAGGAGAGCUUGGGUCUUGGACAAUGUUGUGUCCCCAGCACUAGUGGAUAAAGCGGUUGAAUCCCAUCGAUUUGGUUGAUUCCCGAUCCGAAUUGCCGAUUCAUUGAUCCGGGAUUUGAUAGGCUUUAGCCAUGGUUAGGGGAUAUAGAAUCAAUGGUGUGAAACGUAAGAAGACUGAGAAAGCAGAGGACGACCGGUCUUUUGAAGAAGAAGAAGAAAAGGAAGUAAUAGUAGACGAAGAGAGAGAAAAAGGAGGAAAAGAUGAGGAAGAAGAGGUUCAAUUAUUUGGUAUUCCCACUGGUCCUAUUGAUCAGAAAGCCAAAUCAGGAAUUAUCUUUGUUCUUGAGAGGGCUUCAUUAGAGGUUGCAAAAGUUGGAAAGACUUAUCAAAUAUUGAAUUGUGAUGAUCAUGCAACUUACCUUAAGAAGAAAAAUCGUGAUCCUGCAGCUUACAGGCCUGACAUUAUUCAUCAGGCUCUCCUUGCAGUGCUGGAUAGCCCCCUCAAUAAGGCUGGCAGACUGAAAGCAGUAUAUGUGCAGACAGAGAAAAAUGUGCUAAUUCGAGUAAAUCCUCACGUGCGAAUACCAAGAACAAUAAAGCGUUUCUGUGGUCUCAUGGUGCAGUUGCUUCAGAAGCUUUCUAUACGUGCUACUAAUGGGCCUGAUAUUCUUCUCCGUGUAGUCAAGAAUCCUGUGACACGCCAUUUACCUAUUGAUUCUCGUCGGAUAGGGCUGUCAUAUAGUUCACCAAAGGUAGUUCAGUUGCACGACUAUGUCACUGAUGCAAAAGAUGAUGUCAACCUCGUUUUUGUGGUUGGUGCUAUGGCCCAUGGAAAAAUUACUGCAGAUUACAUUGAUGAUUUUAUUUCUGUUUCGGAAUACCCUUUGAGUGCCGCAUGUUGCAUUGGUCGUAUCUGCAACGUAGUGGAGAGAAAGUGGAACAUUUUGUAACUUCAUACAUUUUUUCCCCCUUAUAUUUGUUCAUGUAAAAUUUGGUGUCCUCCAUGAAAAAGUGGAUGAAAUUUUGAAGUUCAUAGAUGCCUUUCUUUCUC